CUAUGUACGUAUGUUCUUUUUUCCUUCUUUCUUUUUCACUUCUUUAUUUUUUCAUUCGUCGAUGGCCGACAGCGAGUUGAAGGAUUGUUUGUGGAAGUUUUAGAAAUGUAUUCUACUUAUUUCUAUUCGUAAUAUUACAGUUUGCUUGCAAUUAGUUUGCGUAUCCACUGUAUAUAGUUCAUUGAAUAUUCCAAUUUUAGUGAAGUCCGUUUUUCCAAAUUUAUUUUGUCCACAAUGGCUGUGUUAGCUGCUGCCCAACUAUUGGAUGAGCUAAUGGGAAGAAACAGAAAUGUUGCACCGAAUGAGAAAGUCAGAGAACUUAACUGGGAAGAUCCAGAGUACUGCAAAUACUUCUUAGCAAAAUUCUGUCCCCAUGAUCUCUUCAUCAACACUCGAGUAGAUCUAGGCGUUUGUACUAAAGUACAUGAUGAAGAAGUGAAAAAACUGUUUGAUAAUGCCAGAUCUACCUACCACCGUAAAGUCCAAUAUCAAGAAGACUUUCUUAGGUUCUGUUCAUCUAUGAUGAAUGAUGUAGAGAGGAAGAUAGGAAAGGGCAAACAACGUUUAGCACUCAGUGCCAGUGAAAAAAAAGAUCCCACUCCAAUGAUAUCUCCAGCUCAGACUCAAAAGAACCAGGAACAAAUAAACAUCCUCAAUGAGAGGAUAAAUGAUUUGGAAGCUGAAGCUGAAAAGGCUGGGACAGAUGGUAAUGUGGAGCAGGCACAAGGACUCAUGAAACUUUGUGAUCAGUUGAAGGAAGAGAGGGAUGAUCUCAGAAGACAGGUUGAUAAUGGCCAUUUCAAUGCAACUGCUGAAUUGGCAGCUGCUCAGGAGAAACAAAUGGAGGUCUACCCGAUGUACACUUACCAGGUGUGCGAAGUGUGCGGUGCCUUCCUGAUCGUGGGCGACGCCCAGCAGCGCAUCGACGACCACCUGAUGGGCAAACAGCACAUGGGCUUCGCCCGAUUGAAGGCGGCCGUGGAAGAGGUGUCGGCGGCCGUGCGGGCCGCCCGGGAGGAGCGGCAAGGGGGUGGCCGGGUGGGCGGACUCGGAUCGGACGACAAGGGGCGCGAGAGGGAGAGAGAGCGGGAAAGGGAGAAGAGGAGAGAGCGAGAAAGGGAGAAAGAGAAGGAGAGAGAAAGAGAGAAGGAGAGGGAAAAGGAGAAGGAGAGAGAGAAGGCGCGAUCCGAUCACAAGGAAAAAGAAAAGGAGAAGGAAAAAGAAAAAGAACGGGAUAAAGACAAGCACGAGAGGGAGAGGAGGUCGAGAACUGCUGAUAGAAGUGACAAAAGAGAUAGAGACUCGCAUCGUAGCAGAGAAUCUCACAAGGAAAAGGAAAGAGAAAGGGACAGGGAUAAACCUAGGAAGCAUCGAGAUUCUAGUCGUCACCACCACCACCAUCACCACAGACGAUGAUUUUGACCAGUAAGAGCUCACCCUGCAGUGUCAAAAACAGGUGGGUGACUGUUAGAAACCGAGAAGUCCAUGGAAAGCCAUCGUCUCUGGCCGAUCAUCAUCAACAAAAAAAUAGAGGUGACAAACUCCGUUUUUUAUGUAGAAUCAUAGGUAUUUAAUUUCCAAUAAAGAUUCGUCUUUUUUUCUGUAUGUCAAGUGUCACCAGUUGCAUCGUUAUUUAUCAAAGCUGUAUUAAGGUAAUAAAUAUUGGCUUGAA